AUGCGUCGUUCGAUUUCUAAUUGGCAAAAACAAAUAUGCAUGGAUCGUACCGCCAUCCGUCGAGCUGAAAGGGGUACAGUAGGCUAUGGACCCUUCUCAAAGACCGUCAAAGGGCAUUCCGCGCUUGAGAAACACAGACGCGAAGUGAAACCGUCUGGAGGCGGGGAAUCCCAUGGCGACGACGCCGCGAGCGUGAUGAAUAACAUUCAGCUUAGCACCAAUCUAUACCUACGUCUCUCCCUAGCAUCUCUUUUGCAUCCAACCCAGCUGGAGAAGAUUCCGUAUCAAUCGCCGGAGUGGCGGCUCGCGAUGGUAUCUCUGUAUCGUGCUAUUCUUCGCCUUCAUAACAAAACGGUGGCGGUGUCGUUGGAAAAGUCGAAGCCCUGUGGCCUUGCUAAGGCUGUGGGGGCGAACCCGGGAGCAGACUCCACCACUACAGCGAGGGAGAAGGUAGCAUUGAAGGAAAUGGAUGAAAAGAACACCAAAGGUCCUGAAUCUUCAUCCAUGUCCAAAUCGUCUGAGGACGCCACGGGGGAUUUAAAAUUUCCUGAGAGCAACCUCCCGCCGAAGGUGACGUUGAUGGAUCGGUUCGUGCUCAAGUACCUGCUGAACGAUGCUCAGCGCGAGUUCGGCAACCGCUUUGUCCAUGAUGAAUUUCAUCGCCAUACGGAUGCUGAUCACGUGGCGGCUUCUAUUUUCUACCGAUCGUGGUACGAAUACGUCCUGCAACUUUCUUCGGGUGUUACGACGCGUGAGAUGACCGAGGAUGAAAAGCGCUGGCUUACGGAUGAGCAACGUGUGAGGCUAGAGCAGCUGAAAACCGCUUUUCGACAGGUCGUCACCCCGCAGGAGGUGCAGUAUAUGCCGUAGGAAAUCACGAAUGUGCGGGUAUGGCGAAGAAUGACGCCCGCACGAAUGUUUGAAGGGGCCUUUUUUUUUCCCACUGAAAUUAACCUAUCCUCUUUAUUUUUUGAGUCUUCACAGAAAACGAAUUAAAUCUGAUGAAUGGAGAGCGCUUGCUUUCUUCUUUAAUGCUUGGUGAAUCUUCUGGAACAUUUUUUCUUGGACAAGGAAAAAAAACAUGAAAUGACCUCAUAGGUAUUUU